AUGUCCACACAAAAGUUAAAUAUAUACCGCGAACCCAUCGUGGAUAAUUCGAUCGCUAGAGAAGAAGUGCAUAGUUAUCAUCCAUCCACAAAUUCUUUUCAAAACAACGAUAUAUUCACCAUUGAGCUGAACCAAGAAGAUGUUUUAUUUUCAUUCUUCGAAAGUUAUAUACGUAUUGAGGGUGAUUACAAAAAAAAAUUAAACGAUCCAACUGACACCAUCCAACUGACACACAACUUACCGACAUUUCUAUUUGAGUAUAUCGCAUUUGAGCAUAAUGGUACUGAAAUCGAACGGGUACGUGAACCCGGUUUAACAUCAUUGAUUCGAACCCUACUUCAGCAAAACGAAGUGGAAUGCAAAUCUUUAGAAAUAGCUGGUUUAAAAUGGCCACCCGGAGGAAAUUUACCUACAGUUAGUGCGAACAACGAUUUCAUGUUUCAAAUCCCGUUAAGUCAUAUUUUCGGAUUAUUUAGAGACUAUAAUCACGUUAUGAGAGGUCGCUUCAAAUUUAGAUUUGUUAGAAGUCGUACUGACUCCAAUUGUUAUAAAUCUACAUCAAAAGCCGAUUCUAGCACCGCAGAGUUUACUGUAAAAACGGUUACAUUGUUGGCGAAACAUGUGUACCCAAGUCCAUCUAUAAAGAUGAAGCUGUUAGAUGACUUAAAUAAAAACGCAAACAUUCCCGUACCGUUUCGGAAGUGGUCUUUUUAUGAGCUACCUUCAAUGAGAAAGGGGAAUAAAGAAAUUUGGUCGGUCACGUCAACAACUAACAGAGGUAGACCUCAAUACGUUAUAGUUGCUUUCCAAACCAAUCGAAAGGAUCAGCCUAAUUCAGAUUGUACACUUUUCGAUCACUUGAAUAUUAUAGAUCUUAAAGUAUAUCUAAACUCAUACUGCUAUCCAUUCGAGUCAAUGAAUUUGGAGUUUGCGAAAGAAAAUUAUGUUGAACUAUAUAAAAUGUAUACUGAAUUUCAACCGUAUAUUUGGGAAACAUCUCGAAAACAACCGAUUGUGGAUUUCGCAAGCUUUAAAAAGAGACCUUUAUUCGUAGUGGAUACCACUAAGAAUAACGAUGAAGAAGCCGCUCCAUCCGCAUCAUGUGAGGUGCGUAUUGAAAUUCAAAGCAGUAAAGAUUUUCCGCCUGAUACAAAAGCUACUACUUCAAGAAUCCAUGUAUACGUACAAACCUUUGAGUGGGGAAGUAUCUGUAAUUAUAAAUUAAAUUACACAUGA